AUGGCCACUGAACUUGUCGUGCAAAGCGAGCGUGCUUAUCAAAAGCAGCCUCACAUUUUCCAAAAUGCCAAGAAGGGUGCCGGUCGCCGUUGGUACAAGGAUGUCGGUUUGGGUUUCAAGACCCCUACUGAGGCUAUCUAUGGUCAAUACAUUGACAAGAAGUGCCCCUUCGUUGGUGAAGUUUCCAUCCGUGGCCGUAUCUUGACUGGUACCGUCGUUUCCACCAAGAUGCACCGUACCAUCAUCAUUCGUCGUGAAUACUUGCACUUCAUCCCCAAGUACAACCGUUACGAGAAGCGUCACAAGAACGUUGCUGCCCACGUCUCUCCUGCCUUCCGUAUCAACGAGGGUGAUGUCGUUACUGUUGGUCAAUGCCGUCCCUUGAGUAAGACCGUUCGCUUCAACGUCCUCCGUGUUGUCAAACACACUGAAGGAUCCAAGCAAUUCGGCAAGUUUUAA